UCAAAUGGAGGACGAGGUGGAGACAGUUCCCAGCCAAGAGGUCCUGUUUGUGCUCAGCCAGCUCUUCUGCCACGUUCAGCACAUCCAGGUGAUGAUGCCAGGAGGCCAGAGUGAACCCUUGUUCCUGUCCAGUCUGGAGAUCCUCAGCCACUAUGAGGCCAUCAUGGCCACUUUCCCACACAGCAGCAGCGCGCUGGAGAGCGACAACACCCGUCACUUCUUCUCCACCAUCACAGACAACCUGGAGAACCAGGAGAUGAAGGCCGCCCUGCAGCAGAAGAUCGCUCAGCUUGUGUCGUCUGCUGCUUGAGACUGUAGACUGUAUAAAUAAUGACGUAGCUACCGUGAUGUCACACACUGGUUUGUAGACAGCCAUUUUGAAACCUUGAGUUCUGCAUUUUGGUGGUCGCCAUCUUGGUUUUUUGGAGCCAGAAGUGAACAUAUUUGGGUGAGAGGCUGGAGCUGUGGAGGAGUGAGGGGUGGAUCUCACUGAGAGGUUGAGGACACAAUCGGCAGACAGCCUGUCACUUAAGAGGCCCCGCCCAUAAAUAGACGUAACUUUGGGCCUUAUUUCUGCUGUAAAGUUGGACAUUCUAACACAGGGGUUGAGCUUGUUUUGGAGCCAGCCUCAAGUGGCCGUUCAGUGAACUUCAGUUUUUGGCACUUAUGUUUGGCUUCAUUUU